GAUAUUUAUGAAUUAACAAAAUUAGCUGUAAAAAAUGCGCUAUUUUUUGAUGAACCACUACGACCACAAAAUAGUCGGAUUAUUUUUCGAAGAGAUUGUGGAACAAAGUUACAUUGUCGUAUCCCUGACAUUAAACAAGAAGUCAAACAUACACCUCAAGUGUGUAACUUGAAGCGGCGACAGCUGUUAA